GAAGCGCCAUCGAUUGAGGCGUGCAUCUUCUUCAGUUUCCUCUCCGGCCAUCGCCAAACCGCACCGCCAUGCAGUGACUGCUCGCCGAUCCGUUUAAAUAUGACAUUCGUAAGACAUACGCAGACGGUAUGCACUUUUUUCGUCGUUCUAACAGUUUUGCGGCGAGCGAUGGGACUGGAGCAGCAGGGCCCCCUGUUCCUGUUGGAGCCGCCGUCGCGGGUCGAGUUCUCCAACAGUUCGGGGGCGCAUAUCGACUGCUCGGCUCACGGCAGUCCACCUCUCAAAGUCGAGUGGCUUUUGGCCGACGGCAGCCCCGCCCUGCCGGUGCCCCGACUUAGGGUCCUGCACGCCAACGGCACCCUUGAGCUGCCACCCUUUGCCGCCGAGCGACUCCGGCAUGACGUCCACUCGGCCCUGUACAGGUGCCGGGCGCGCAACCAGCUCGGCGAGAUCAUCAGCAGGGAUGUGCACGUCCGCGCAGUCGUUCAGCAGCAGUACGAAAUGCAGGUGUACGAUGAAUACGUCAUCAGCGGCAACACCGCCGUGCUGCGAUGCCAGAUACCGAGCUACGUGGCCGACUACGUGAUGGUGACCUCGUGGCUGCAGGACGGCAGCGUCAAUAUCUACCCGAAUACGGACACAGGUGGCAAGUACGCGGUGCUGGGCGACCUGUACGUGUACAACGCAGGUCCGAGCGACGCGUACAAGAGUUACGCGUGUCGCUCGGUGCACCGGCUGACAGGGGAGGUUCAGUCCAGUGCGUACCCCGGACGCAUUGUCAUCUCGGAGCCCAAGGGCAACGAACCGCCGCGCAUCACCGUCGAAAAGCACUCGAGCAAGCACGUCAAAGUGGGCGACGAUGUGACGCUGGCGUGCGUAGCCCAGGGUUACCCCGUGCCAAGCUACAGGUGGUACCGCGAGGACAGGGAGCAGCUGCUGCCCAUCGCCGUCAGCGAAAGGCUCAACCUUGUCGCCCCAGGGCUGCUCAGAAUUUCAAAGAUCCGCUUGGAGGAUCGUGGCAAGUAUUUGUGUUGGGUCAACAACUCUGCUGGCGAAGAGACAGUGCAAGUGGCGCUGACGGUGACGGCGCCGUUGUCGGUGCACGUGCAGCCGCAGCACCAGGUGGUCGACGUGGGCAAGUCGGCCGUCUUCCAGUGCAUCCCAGGCGGCAACCCCGCAUCGCAGAUCUUGUGGCUGCGCAACGGAAGGCCGUUGGCUGCGGACGCGCGCUUCGACAUGUCGCGCCGCGAGACGCUGACCAUCCGCCCUGUGCAGAAGGAUGACCACGGCAUGUACCAGUGCUUUGUUUCCAACGAGUGGGAUCAGGCCCAGGCCACGGCCCAGCUGCUGCUCGGCGACGCCAGUCCCGAACUUGUCUACUGGUUCUCCGAGCAGACCUUGCAGCCGGGCCCUGCCGUAUCCCUCAAGUGCGUCGCCACCGGCAACCCCCCACCCCAGUUUGUGUGGACGCUCGACGGCUUUCCGGUCCCUGAUAAUAAUAGGUUUCUCGUGGGUCAAUAUGUGACCGUGCACGACGACGUAAUCAGCCACGUGAACAUCUCAAGUUUGAGGGAGGAGGAUGGCGGAGAAUACACGUGCACGGCACGCAAUGCGGUCGCGCAGGUGUCGCACAGCGCUCGCAUCAACGUCUACGGACUGCCCUUCAUACGGCCCAUGCCGCGCAUCACGGCCGUCGCCGGAUCCGACCUCAUUGUCAAGUGCCCGGUUGCCGGCCACCCCAUCGAAUCGAUCUCGUGGGAAAGAGACGGAGCCGUUUUGCCGGUGAACCGCAGACAAAGGGUGUACCCGAACGGAACCCUGGUGAUCGAGCACGCACAACGACCAGCCGACGCAGGGACGUACACAUGCCAGGCGCAGAACCGCCAGAAGCACACGGCGCGCCGCGACGUCGAGGUUCAAGUGCUGGUUCCGCCAAAAAUUCUUCCUAUACAAGCAAUGACGAAUUUACUGCGCGAAGGGAUGCGUGCCGCGAUAUCGUGCCAAAUUAUUGAAGGAGACCUGCCGGUGACCUUCAGGUGGGAACGCAACGGCCACCCUCUUCCGUCGCCGGGGCUGGCGGCCAUCGCCCGCCGUCUCGACGAGUACUCCACUUCCCUUGUGAUCGAAAGAAUAUCUUCAGCGCACAGCGGCGACUACACGUGUAUCGCGCAAAACGUCGCCGGCACAGUCAGCUUCACGGUGCCACUCACCGUCAAUGUUCCUCCUCGGUGGGUGAUCGAGCCAAGCGAUUCAAGUGUUGCGUCAGGAAACGAUGUGGUUCUCAACUGCCAAGCCGACGGCUAUCCCGUGCCAAAUGUCACUUGGAGGAAGGCUGAUGGCACAAAUCCAGGCGAAUACAAAGAUUUUUUAUUCGAGCCUAACGUCAAAUUUUACAAAAAUGGAUCACUCGAGUUCACGCAUAUUGGCAAAGAGAGUGAAGGGCAGUAUGUGUGCGAGGCCAAAAACGAGAUUGGCACCGGCGUCAGCAAAGUCGUCUUCCUCAAAGUUAAUGCUCCAGCUCACUUUCUGCAAAAGAGCAAACAGAUCCAAGUGGUGAAGGGCGAGCAGGCGCACCUGCAGUGCAGCGCCCUGGGCGACAACCCGAUGGAAAUCGUGUGGCGCGUAAGCGGGCAGCGGGUGGCGGACGCGCGGUACACGACGCGAGAACAGCUGCUGGACGAGGGCAUGGUGUCCGAGCUGGGCAUCAGCCACACGUACCGCCACGACACGGGCGUCUUCUCGUGUCACGCGAGCAAUUCGUACGGCCAGGACGAGAUGAGCAUUCAGCUGAUCGUGCAGGAGGUGCCCGAGGCGCCCAAGAACAUCCGCGUCAGCGACCAGCAGUCGCGCUCCCUCCAACUCUCCUGGUCGCAGCCCUACGCCGGCAACAGCCCCCUCACCGGCUACCUUGUCCAGUACAAACUCGUUUCAGACACGUGGACCUCCCAGCCGCUCAAACUGGCCGUGCCCGCUUCACAGACCACGGCCACCGUGCAGAACCUGAGUCCGGCCACGUCAUAUCACUUCCGCAUUUUGGCCGAGAACAGACUCGGCCUCGGCGAACCCGGAGAGGUGAUUCAAGUCACAACUCAGGAGGAAGUCCCCAGCGGGCCGCCGCAAGACGUGCGCGCCGAGGCGCAGAGUUCGACGGAGUUGUUGGUCUCUUGGGAGCCGCCGGCGCGCGACAAAUGGAACGGCAACAUCCUGGGCUACUACGUCGGCUUCAGGUCGGCCGCCGACGCGCAGGUGCCGUCGCCCGCCCCCGGCGGCUUCAGCUUCAAGACGGUGGAGGCGGGCUCGGGCGCCAGGGUCGUCCUGCCGGGCCUUGCGCGCUAUUCCACCUACCACGUGGUCGUGCAGGCGUACAACAGCAAGGGCGCCGGACCAGCCUCCGAACCGGUCGCCGCCCGCACCAUGGAGGAUGCGCCGAGCAUGCCGCCGGAAAACGUGCGUUGCCAAAAGUCAACGUCGCAGAGCAUCGAUGUUACCUGGGAACCGCCACCAAUGGAGGGACGAAAUGGAAUUGUCCAGGGGUACAAAGUGACGCACCAAGCAGUCGAUGAGUGGUUUGAUGGCGAAGGAGCGGAGACCAAAGUGACAAGUUCGCUAAAAACCGCUUUGCAAAGUCUGUCAAAGUUCACAAACUACAGCGUCUCUGUGCUCGCGUUCACUGCCGGUGGAGAUGGCGUCAGGAGCGACCCGCUUCUCUGCCGAACAGAGGAAGACGUCCCAUCGGCACCAGGCGGAAUCAAGGCGGUGGUCAGUGCGCCAAACAAAAUUUUCAUCGCUUGGCUUCCGCCGCCCGAACCAAACGGCGCCCUCGUGGGCUACACUCUGCACAUAUCCGAGGAAGGGAUGGACAGUCCUCGGAAGAAGCUGCUAAAUUCAGGCACGGAAAGUCAUGAAUUGGUGCGUGACGACUCCACCAUGAAGUUUUGGCUCACGGCUUCCACAUCCAUUGGUGAGGGAGAGCCGACGAAGACGGUCAUAGUGCCACCCUCUACAAAAGUACCUGCUCGAAUCGUGUCCUUUGGACGAGAAAUCGCGACCGCGUGGAAACAGGACCUGCAGCUGCCGUGCAAACGGGUUGGGGUGCCAAGUCCGCAGGGGUCGUGGCGCCUGCGAGGUCGCACCCUUGAGACCGGCGGCCGUAAGCAAAUCAACAAGGACGGCUCGCUCACAAUUAGAGACGUGCAAAGCACCGACGAGGGCAAUUACACGUGCAAAGUGGAGAACACGCUGGGCACCGACGAGAUCUCCUACUUGGUCAAAGUCAGAGUGCCGCCCGAGCCGCCCGUCUUGUCAGUGGUCGGCGCCCAAGUGGACGGUCUGCAGCUGCAGUGGAGCAGCAAAAAGAACGGGGGCAGCGCGAUUCUAGGCUACGUUGUAAACUACAAGCGGGAUUACGGCGACUGGGAGGAGUUGCAGAUCGAAAGCAACGUCGAGUCGCACCUUCUGCGCGGCCUGUGGUGCGGCACCCACUACCAACUCUACGUCACGGCCUACAACCGAAUCGGCACCGGCUUGCCAAGCGACAUCGUCAGCGCCACCACCAAGGGCUCAACCCCCAUCAAGCCGACGUCCGCUCAACUGAUAACGAGCAACGCGACGGUGGUGACGCUGUGGCUGGACACAUGGGCUGACGGCGGCUGUCCGAUUUUGUACUUCAGCGUGGACUACCGCGAGUGGCGCGCGUCCGACUGGCUGCUCGCGUCGGCCAACGUGCAGCCCUCGGAGCGAGUCUUCAGCAUUGCCGAGCUGCGCCCAGCCCUGCGAUACGCAAUCAGAGUGACGGCCUACAAUAACGCGGGGUCCACCCAAGCCACUUACAACGUCACAAUGGCCCCGCAAGGAGUCUCCGGAGUACCUGAUGAGCCUGCGCCUACAGAGCACCUUGACCAUGUGCCUUUUUACGCCAAUGCCGCAGUAAUAGUGUCAGUCAUAAUAGCCCUGAUAUUCCUCCUCGCUCUUUUCGUAGUCUCCUGGUUCCUAGUUUUGAAAAAGAGAAACAUGAACGCCCAGGCGGCGCAACUUGGCGAGUCGCCGUCGCUGGCGCAGCUGCAGAACCAACAGAACAGGGACCAACAGUACCUGGCAGUGCGGGUCGCGCACCAGGGCCUGGAAACCGCUUCGUACAAGACGCAGGAUUCUGCAGAGGACAUUUGCCCAUACGCCACAUUCCAACUGGCUAAGAACCCUUACGGCGAGAGCACCUACAGUGGAAACGUGUACAGUGGACCCUACCACUCGGUCCAGGGCUCCUUCGUCUACCAUGACCUCAAGGCUGGAGACACUUACAAAAGCAGACAUAAGGAACCUGAAUACACAAAGGUACGAAGAAAAGGUGGCCGAUUGAGAGACCCUGAGAGCCAGGAGUCGGACAACCUGGGCAGCACUGACUCUGAGGUCAAGAAAAUCCUGACCUUGCACCUGCCCAUUUCGGAGUACGACACGUUAGGCAGCGACUCGGAGGUGGAGCAGGAAAUGGUUUCGUUCAGACACCGACGCGUGAACCGCGACUCAAGCUCCUCGUCGGAAACGUCGCCUUCAAGCGGCCGAAAGUCGUAUCCGUCGAGGAAGGCCAAGGUCAAGAGCCAGGCCACCGGCAAGCGCCAGGUGCGCAGUAGUAGCGGCUAUUCUAGUCACACCGAAGAAACCACCUUCAGUGGUCUGGCCUCAAAGAGGGCGUCAUUUUCCGAAAGGCUGCACCAACCGCCGACACGUUUUUCCGACUCGCGCCACGAACUCAGUGAGGCCGAGUGCGACCGUGGCCGCGGCAAAACUCCCCGACUGUCGCGCAGUAGAGACACGACCUUCCAAAUCAACGUUUAGAUCGAGGGCCCAUUUUUGU